ACUCCUCUUCUCCUCAGAUUUGAGUCGAGAUGCUCCUGACAUUCACAGUGACACACAGUGAUCACACACACCUGAUGAGUGAGCGAUCCUUGGCAUCUCUUCGAAGACCUGCCAGAUGGGUACCUUCCAGAACCUGGAGAGGGGAACAUAUGGCAAUUAAAACUCAUUAGAGGGGCAGAAGGAAAAGGGCAAAGAAAUGCAGGUAGACUUGCACUGUCAAGUACCUAUGGCCGUAAUAAUAGACAGUGGAUAAUAGAUGAGGGGGCAGUAAUCAUUGUCAAACAAAAUUAUCAUUUUUCUGCAGCAGCACCAGCUGGGAUGGCAACAUUUGUCACUGUUGUUCUCCUCAGGUACCGACAGAUGAAUGUCGAGUAGUUUAUUAUCUAAUUACACUCCAAAUCCCACAAUGGCUAAGAGAUUUUUCAUCAUGUACGUGGGAUUAAAAAUAAGUUUAUCAAAGAUAAAUGGUCUCUCAUGAGACGUAAGGUAGAGAUUAGUUAUGCACCACUGGAAUUGUAGAUGAGCUGUGUCCCUUGUAAGCCACUGUUAGCACAAACUACAAGUGACAAGAAUUUUAAUCAAUAAACUAUUGACCAAAGGACUCCUCUUCCAGUUACUGACAGUUUGAUGUCCGCCGGUGGCACUCAAAAAUAUUUGCUCUUGCAUCCAUGCAUAAUGCCUCUGAGCAAUCUUGACACAGUCUUUCUCUUCUCCCCAUUUUAAAGCAUUAAUGUCACAGCCGAUUUCAUCUGGAACCAGGUGAAUGAUUUUGAAAAAGAGAGUUGCCUUUGCAGUGCAAACCUGUCCCAUGCUGCUCCCUCCUCUCAGGGGAUGGCCGAGGUCCAGGAUGGACACCCAUUCGCCUGUGACAGCUCUGCAAUGUUAGAGGAGAGCCAAGAUGGAAUGAACAGUGGUACCCUAAGUCCUCCCACAGCCAGACAAGUCACCAUCCAGCGGCACCCUACGCAAGGCUUCGGCUUCAUUGCAGGCAGCCAGAGGCCCGUCAUCGUUCGCUCCGUCUCUGCUGACGGACCUUCCUUUGGUAAGCUUCUCCCCGGCGAUCAGAUCUUGGCCAUUAACGAGGAGACGGUGAGCGACGCGCCCCGGGAGAGAGUCAUAGACCUUGUAAGACGCUGCAAAGACACCAUUGUUCUUACUGUGUUGCAGCCUCAUCAGUCACCUAAAUCUGCCUUUAUUAGUGCAGCCAAAAAGGCCCGUCUGCGAAGUAACCCGCCGAAAGUGCGCUUUUCAGAGCAAGUGUCCAUCAGUGAUCCAAACUCAACAAUGCUGAAGGAUGACUCCCUGCUGCUCAUACCCAAUGUCCUGAAGGUGUUUUUGGAGAAUGGACAAAUAAAGUCCUUUACCUUUGAUAGCCGCACAACUGUGAGGGAUGUGAUCUCCUCCCUGCAGGACCGCCUCUCACUGCGCUACAUUGAGCACUUUGCCCUCGUGCUGGAGGCUGGUGGCCUUGACCAGUGUCAAAAGUUACUUCUGCUGCAGGAGAACCAACCCUUGACACAUGUGGUGCACCGAACCUAUUUUCAAGGAAUGAAGUGUCUGUUUCGCAUCUGCUUCUUCCCCAAGGACCCAGCAGACCUGUUGAGACGGGACCCUGCUGCAUUUGAGUACCUCUACAUUCAGAAUCGCAAUGAUGUAAUCAAGGAACGCUUUGGCAUGGACUGGAAAUCUGACAUCACGUUACGAUUAGCCGCUCUCCAUAUCUACAUCACUGUGUCCUCAGCAAGGCCAAAUCAGAAGAUCUCUCUGAAGCACGUAGAAAAGGAAUGGGGACUAGAACCUUUUCUUCCGCUCACUCUGCUCCCAACGGUCAAGGAGAAGAAUGUUUGCAAGAUUCUGUCACAGUUGUUGAAGACCUACCAGCAUCCGCCACCAUCCGGCAGCAAGGUCCCUCCUCUUCAAGGAAAGCUGCAGUACUUGCGUGUCCUCAACGAUCUUCCACCUUUUGGAGGAAUAUUGUUCAAUACGGUUGGACUGGAUGAAAAACAAUCAGCCACAACAUUACUGGUGGGUCCUCGACAUGGCAUCAGUCAUGUGAUCGACCUGAAAAACAACCUGACAACAGUUCUGACCGAGUUUAGUCGGAUAUCGAAGAUCCAGCUCUAUCGAGAAAGCCAAGGUGUGGCUCGUGUUGAGGUUUCAAUCCACGAAUGCAAGCCCUUGGUGCUACUCAUGGAAUGGCCGGAUGCCAGUAACUUUGCAUGCCUCAUCUCUGGCUACUACAAACUGUUUGUCGACCCCAAAAGGAACAUCUACUUCAGGAUCUCUGGUCAGUUUCAUCUGAGCAAGACAGAUUACAGGAGCUCCCACCAUUCACACCCACGUUCUGGGGCAACCGGCUUACCAAGUGGAGGGCGGAGAGGGGACGAGAGCGAAAGCUUGCACAGGGAGUCAGGGUCUUCAAGAGCCGUAGCCCCUGCAGAGUCUCAGCAUCUAGGUCUGUGCCAUUUCCACCUUCAAGAACAACAGUUUCAGGAACUCCAAGCACACCCUGAAGCCGAGCUUGACAUCAAUGAGAACUGUAUUUCCCAGGAGGCCACUGACCGGCCCCGCACCAAGUCAGACCCUACGCGGCAGAAUACAGAGGCAGUAGCUGUGGUGACACCAAACCCACAGGUGGAGAAUGCCGGAUUCAGAAUCCGUGCCCAAACAUUGGCUCAAUCCCAAAAAUCACCAUGGUACUUUUGUGACUCCUGCAAAGACAGGCACAAAAAUGAGGAACGAGGAAACGCAGGGAAAACUUGCUUGAGUGCUUGCGCUUCCAGAAAAGGGGGUGGAGUUGAUCUCAUGGCCCUGCCACCCCCUGGCAAUGAAGAAGAUGAGGAGGAGGAGGAGCAGGAGGAGGAGCCACCCAACGGAGCUGAAAAGCUGCAACCACCACAACCUGCGAUUGCUGCCCCACCACCUGGCUUCAGAGACAACAGCUCUGAUGAGGAUGACUCAAAGAGACGGAAGAAGGCUCCAACCAGUGCCAGGACUGAUGCCGCCACUGUGAAACAGCAACAUAUUAAGGAGGAUGUGCCUGUGACACUUAUUGAUAAUGUCGCCACAAGAACAGUCCGAGAUCAUGCACAGGAACUUGAUGAUGCAUUGGUAUCCACCUUACAAGCUCUAGAAGCUUUGGCAGCUUCUGAGGACUACCCCCAUCACCACCAGCAGCCAACACAGACUGCAGGGCUUAUUGUCCUGGCUGCUAUUACACCAGAAUCGUCGUUGGAUUCAGGACAUGAAACCAAUUCUUCUGAACUGACAGAUGUUUCUGAGAUGGUCUCGGCAAUGAAGCAAAGCCAAAACCAAGCCUACCUGCUAACACACCAUAUCAAUAAGGAAAGCCGCCUCUGCCGCCGUGAUUUUCCCCUAGCUAUCCCCGGCUGCACAGCAAAGACAAUCGGGACAGGGGCAUUUUCUGUGGGUCAGAUCCGCGCUGGAUGUCCUCCCAAGCAAGUAAUCCUCAGUAAGACUGUUCCCUUUAAAGUCAGCCCCAGUCAAGACUCUGGGGUUGUCAGUGUUGUCACAGAGCAGAGAGGCAAUCAAGAUCCCAUUCCGAAUGAACAGACACCAGAAGUGAAAGCAAACUUUGCCUCUACUAAAGCAAGCAUCCCUGAUCCCCUCCUUAAAUUACCCGAAGAACUUAAAGUGUCGGCUGUUUCACCUUCAGCUCCAGUCACAAAAGAUCCAAAGCUAUCCAGCGCUUCUGGGGAGACACAGAGGCGAAAUCUCCUCAACACCGCGAAGGAGAAGUCAACACCAUCUGUUCAUACAGACAAAGCCUCGUCCGUUCUCUUAUCCGUGGACAGGACUGCCUCAGCCAAGGUUCCCCAAACUAUGUGCCAAGAUGCCGAGACUGCCUCGAACGAGACCAUGAAGCCUGCAAGUUCGACAGAAUUUCUGCCAGUCGAUGAUCUCUUCUGCACGUGCCCAGUGCAACAGGAACCUGGGAGCCAGUUAAGGAUGAAAGAUCCGCAGGUUCAGAAGGUAGUGGUGUUUCAAACCUCAUCACCGACGGAUGAUGAGCGACUUCGCGCCAAAGGCCUCUUUAUGGCGAAUAGCAAAGAAAAUACACUCAGAAUGGGCGUAGAGUGCAGUUUGACAAAACCUAGUCCGACAGUACAAACAAAGUAUUCUCCUCUCUUUCCUCCAACAGCAGAAAGAAAAGAAGCUAAGAGCACACUAGAUGGCGCCCUUGGCAAAUCCCAUUCUGAAUCGCAGAUAUGUGCUACAAAGUCAUUAUCGAAUUUAGAAGACAAAACACAGAGCCCGUCUUUGGAGAGAGUGUGUACAGUACCAACUAAAGAAUCAAAGAAAGUAGGGGCUGUAAAGUGGAAGUCCCAGCGCAGUGUCCCCUUUUUGAGCAUCAGAAACUUACUUUCAGCGACGUUCCCAGCGAGAAUGAGAAGGGAAACAGAUGAGCGGAGGGCACAGCUGCAAAAGGUUCGUCAGUAUGAGUUGGAGUUCUUAGAAGAGCUCCUGAGACCCAAGUCCUCGCAGGGAGAAUUUUUACCCCAAGGAUCCUCACCUGUACCCUCGGGGACUCCUUGUUCCUGUCAGCUACGCACCAGCCCUGUCCUGAAAGCACCGGGUAUCUCCAGAGAACAGCGGCGAAGCUGUGACUGUAAGAGGAUGUGUCGGGGGAUGAGACUACCUGAUACACCAGUUGGCUCCUCCACAACAGAAACGCAAAAUCGAGGCAGGGAGAGAACGACCGCAAAGACGCCUCCGACAAACUCCAAAGCACCUCACAGUGAUGGUGCUACCAGGCAAACUCAGAAUUUAGAGGUCAAGACCGCACGAAUACGUUCCAUCAGCCUUGAGUCGAGGGAGCCCCGGGGGGAACAGGGCAGCUGCUUGCCCACCAGUACCUCACAAACAAACUACGUGGAAGCAUCAGAAAAUAAGAAGCUCCAGAGGCGAUACAGCAUCGGAGAGUUGGAUAACAGUACUAACACGCCUGUUUAUGCAGAGGUCAAGCCCAAAACCAAGAGUCUUGAGAAAGAGAUGGAGCGAGUCAGAGCUACAGGAUUAAGGCUGCCAACCCCGGUGGAGCCGGUUCAUACACAGUCUCAUCAGCUAGACGGAAAGGGGAAAAAAGCUGUCUUUUAUAUUCAGAGCAAUGAGCUACUGUGCGAAAGUAAAGAAGAGAGCGGGGAGAUGCUGCUGACGCUGCCCAGUGAAGACAGCGACGACAAGGAUAAAUGCUGUUCCUUCUGUUUCUGCUACCGGAAAUUUGAGGCGGCAGAUGAGAGCAGUGAGAAGGACGAGCUUUCGUACUCGAUUCCGCUUCAGGUUCUUCCAGGCAUGGAGCUGGACUCGAGUACAUUUCCCGUUGUCAGCAAGACCUUGCAGGUUCUUCAUGCAGAAGACUGCAGUGGAGAAGAAGACAUAGAGAAAGAGCCACUGGCGCAAGAGAUUGACCUUCGAUCUUGCGGCACACUGGAGGGGAGCCUGGCGAGAGUUGAGGCUCUACACGGGAAAUCCUUUAGCUUGCCUGAUGGCUUCCUAAAUGCCCAGUUGGAUGCUAAUGAGUUACUCGCCAUCCUGCGUCAGUGUGCGAUCAGUCCGCAAGCCGAGGGCGAGGCUCGUCUUCAGCCUUCACGGAUUGCAGAGUACAAGCAGGAACUGGCAGUGCACUUCAAAGAAUUCCAAGCAUCCUGUCGCCGAGUGGCCAGCGUGGAAAAAAGCCCAACAUGUAUGCUUGCUGUUGUCACGGCCAGCUUUCAAGUGCUGUGCAAUUUAACCCAGACCUUCAUCAAAGUGGUCAGAGGGGUUCGCACGGAGACUCAAAGACAGCAGCUGUUAAGAAAAGUUGAGGAAGUAGCUAUUAACUAUACUUUGCUCCUUCGCGCAGCAGAAGAAUCGAUGGGACAUUCAAGCAGCCUGCCGACAAAAACAGUUAGUCCUCAAGUGUCCUCUGACACCGAUAAGAUGAGCUCGCUCACUCGACCCAUCAAAGUUCUUCCUGCCAAGUAAAGACAACUCCUGUGGGAUUAUGAGCCAAUCCAAAACAAGCUCAUUAUGUAUUCAUUAAUUGUUUACAUUUUUACUGAAUGUGCAAUGGAUACACGGCAAUGAAGAUUGCAAUGCAGCUGUUCCAUCCCAUGUUUACAGGCCCUAGGUAGCCUUGUGGAUAUUGCUCUGAAAUGUAAAGAUACACUAAAAUGCACAAAAUGAAUAGAAUAGUUCAACAGGGCUAAUCACCUCAUCAGUAUAAAAUCAAAACAAAUUAGUCAAUAUAACAUGAUAUUUUAUAUGUAGUGUAAAUUGGACUUGUGUCUACAUAGAAAGAAAUAUAUACAACAUUUUGUGAAAAAAAAGGAUCUAUUUAAGAAGUAAUAAUUUAAAAUAUAUAUAUGAAGUAUAUAUGUAUAUAUACAGUAGCUCUUAUAUAUACAGUAUAUAUACAUAUAUAUACAGUACAUAUAAAAUUGUGUGUGUGUGUGUGUUCGCUCUGGACAAAAAUAUUUGGGAUUUUAGCGAGUACUGUAGAAUGCAUAGUUUAAAGCAAUGGUUGGUUAAAUGAUAACAUGUUGGUAUGUGGAGCUAAAUGUUGUCAUGAAAAUGUGAUGUUUCUGUUGGCUAUGUCGCACAGACAGUACGUAAGACAGAAAUGACAUAGAGUUGGACAGUGAGACACACAACCGCAACAUAUUACACCGAGUCAUGCCGAUCCUGUUGGUAUGCACACACCUGCAAUGGGUAUAUCAUGUAGCAGAGAUCCAAGCAACACGCCUUUCCUCUGUACAAUAACAUCCGAAUGAGAAGGUGUACCCUCAUUACACUUAAUUCACAUGCAUUUUACACCAUUCUGCUUCAUAUGCCACUUGCAUCUCACUACUCAAUCAUAAUAAGCCGGUUCAAUGUAAAUGGCUAUUCGGGCUCAAUUACAACAGACAAUGUUUUUUGCAACUGUGCAAAAUCACUGUAUACUGUACUGUAAAAUAUGAUGUUGUUUUCAACGCGCCCUUCCACAACCAAUGGCAUAAGAUGAAUAGAACUUUGCACAGCUUCUGAAUUUAGAACUCAAGUUGAACCAUUGUGUAAUUGAGUGUUUUUCUAUCCCAUCCUUAGCUGAAAUAUUCAUUUGAGUCCGCAGUAGUUUUACAUGAUGAUCAUAUCUAAAGCUUUUCAGAGAAUCCCUUGUCAUGUUAGGUUGUUAGGCGACAAAUAAACUUGCUUUCUGUGUGCUGUUGUACAUUGUGCAAUCUAGGAAGUAUAUAAGAAACACACAAAGUAGUUUUCUAUGUAUUUUAAUAAAACUAACACAUCCGC